AUGGAUGAGAACUCUGAUGCUGAUUUGGAGGUCAUCGAACCACACUUUGUUGUCCGCAACUUACAUGAUCCUAUACCCGAGCUGAGUUUUCAGGUAUACCACCAUCCAGAUUAUCCAUUAUGGAUGUACACUCCUUGUAAGAGGAUACCUGCCUUUCUUAUACCCGAGAUUUUUCUGACAGGUGUACCACUCCAGGAUCCUACACCUCAUUGGGCAGAGGACCUACACAGAUGGAGCCGCGAGUAUGGCCAACAUUCCCCGUAUGUUAUGUGUCAAGAGUUCUACGACCUUCAUAACAACGGUUCAACCGACAGAGCUCUCCCUGCCAUGAUCUGCCCUAUUUCAAGCCUUGGCGAGGAUGCUAGGGUGUCUACCCCCCAGAUCCUAGAUGUUGGUGCCACCGAUGAGUUCACCGCUUCCCGAUUUCCUUGUCUAGAUGAAGAUCAUGAUCAUACAAACAAGAUUAUUGAUUGUAUUUUGGAGGAUGUCAUGACCGCCCGAUUCGAGGUUAGGGAGCUCAUGGAUAAGCAUUCCAAAAUGGAGUAG